AUGCCAUUGUCCACCAGGACAGCUGGAGCAGGAGGCUCAUCAUCUACCAUGAUGAAGCUUUUCACAGAUGAAGCACAGGGUUUGAGAGUUGACCCCUUAGUAGUAUUGUUUUUGGCUGUUGGAUUUAUAUUUUCUGUGAUAAUUUUACACGUAUUUGCAAAGGUAACAGGCAAAUUUACGUAG